AUGGAGCAUCAGACAUCUUACUCACAGCCCUCGCCGCCAUCAUCGGUAGCCGAGCAAGCAUGGGAUAAGAAUCUCACAGACCACGAUGGCGCUUCGCAUAUCCUCGAAAGCGAGAUGAAUGAUGCAGCCUUAUUGCCUGCACGUCUCAUCCGAGUGGCUCAAAUUCUGUCCGAAAGUAAUUCGAUUUCUAUAUCAGACUCCACCACAAUCCACCACUGCCUCCAGGAGAUGGAGGCCCUGCUUGAUCCGCGUCCGGCAUUCUCACAAGAAGUCGCCCGUUGUCGACCCCGUGCGCAUUCUCGGCCGCCCAGCCCAGUAGACUCUCCUCGAAAUCCACAUAUAAGUUCCAUCACACCAGUUUCGACCACAGCGAAUCAUCACGGUGAUGUCCAGGAGAUACCGCACUCUCAGCUGCGGGAUCUUCUCAAAGAAGUUACAGCGAUGAAGACGGAGUUCAGCCAGCGCCGCAGAGAGUCGCUUGAGAUUCACAGUUUGCUCACCCAAGAGCGUCAGGCGUUGACACAGAGACUGACAGAGCUAGACGACGAGAUACACGAACUUCGGAAAGAUAUUCUCGAAGACUUGGCGGAACGGGAGGCCAUGCAAGGAACGAUCAAUGGCUUGGAGAUUUGGGUGGACGACUGGCACAAGCAGCAUCUCUUAGCUGUGGCGGAGGGACCCACGAUGAAGCAUCGGCGAAAGAAUCAACGGCGGUGGACAAAGUGUGCCAAGGAAGAACAGUUUAAUGACGACGGAGAAGCACUCUUUGAAGGCAUCACGGCAUGGAUGCGGGGUUGGAAGGACAUCGAGGAGGGUUUUCACAUUCGACAGAAGGAUCGCGACCUGCGAAGGGAACGAAGAAGGGAGCAGAUGGAAAGACAGAGGGACCAUUCCCAAACAAGUCUGGAUUGA